AACAACUCCAAUUCCAACCAAAAACAUCGCCUUCACCCCCAGCAACCCCCCACUCAAGCAAACACUUUUUUUCACAGCCAUGAAGAUCACAGCCAUCUCCGCUAUUGCCCUCGCCACCCUCUCCCAGCUCGUGUCCGGAUACACCAUCAACGGAGACAGCGUCAACUGCCGCUCUGGUCCUGGCACCAGCAACGGCGUUGUCCGCACGUACAGCCGCGGUGACGAUGUCACUCUCUCCUGCCAAACCGAAGGUGAGACAGUCAAGGGCGACUCGCUAUGGGGCAAGACCCAAGACGGCUGCUAUGUCGCCGAUUACUAUGUCCAGACUGGAACUAGCAGCUAUGUUGUUGGCAAGUGCGGUGCCUCUGGUGGCGACUCGGGUGACUCGGGCAACUCGGGCAGCUCGGGCAACACUGGUGGCAGUGGAUUCUGCAAGGCCCUGAACGCCGCCUCAAUCAGCCUGAUCAAGGAAUUCGAGGGCUUCGUUCCGAGCCCCUCGCCCGACCCCAUCGGCCUGCCCACUGUCGGCUACGGCCACCUGUGCCAAAGCAAGGGCUGUGGCGAAGUCUCCUACGGCUUCCCCUUGAGCGAGUCCUCGGCCGAGGCCCUGCUGAAGAACGACACGCCUAAAUAUUCGACGUGCCUCGGCGAGAUGCUCAAGGGCUCGGUUACUCUCAACGACAACCAGUGGGGCGCACUGACUUCGUGGGUGUUCAAUGUUGGCUGCGGCAAUGCCAAGUCGUCGACGCUGGUGUCGCGGCUGAAUGCCGGCGAGAGCCCGAACGAUGUGGCCUCCGCCGAGCUGCCGCAGUGGCGCCUGGCCGGUGGCCGCGUGUUCGACGGGCUUGUCCGCCGUCGUGCCGCCGAGGUCAAGCUGUUCACCACGCCUUCGUCGAGCCAGGCCUUCCCUAGCUGCCAGUAAAUUCUCGGGCUCAUCAUACCAACCUGUAAAAACUGCCCGUUUUUCAAAUGGACCAAAAAGCGAUAGCGUCCAUACCACAAAAGUAGCCCAUUCUCCUCUUUCUCGUAAAUAGCAUCUCUUUCAAAUAGUCAAGCACAUUCGUCUGCACAGGAAUGCGAUAGAGCUGGG